AUGGAUUCCACACUGAAGGAGUUGGUGGAUGACUCCUCUGCUCGAUUACAAGAACUCAAGCGUCUUCAUGAUUAUCGGAUAGACAUAUUGAGGCAAUUAUUAAUAUUGCAACACAAUCUGAAGGAUGUGAAGCGAAUAUGUUCGUCCCGACCAUAUCUCAUGCUGAAAGAUCAACUUGCAAAGUCUAAUGCAUAUGUAGUUCAAUAUCAUGCUCUUUAUGAGAAACUACAGGUUGAGAAAGGCAAUCUUGCCUGGAGGGAAGAAGAUAUUCAUAUUAGAAAAGAAUUAGUUGAUUUUUUUCAUCAAGCUUCAGCUGUUGCUGAUUCUAGAAUUAAGGACCUAGAGGCAGAUAUAGAAAAGUGCAUCAAACAAAAAAAUCUAAUCGAAAGAAAGAUGGAAGAAGUGCCUAAAGAACCUGGUAGGAAAGAAAUCAUUACGGAGUUCAAAGGUUUAAUUUCUUCGUUUUCCGAGAAAAUGGGUAGCAUGCAAAAUCAGUUUAGUAAAUACAAAGAGGAUGCUUCAGAUGUUCAUAGUUUGCGAGCUGAUGUAAAAUCUCUUGCCAACAUUCUCGAUCGUAAGGCAAUGGAAUUGGAAGCUUUUUCCUUGAGUUCAGCGGAACAAAAUGCCGAAAUACAGAAGUUGCAAGCUGUGGUCUGUGGUAUAAAGGAAACUAUUUCAGACUUGAAGCUUUUUAGGGAAAUGUACAGAUGUGAAUCAACUGAUUCAAGGGAAGUGGAUGAAGCUAGAAAUGGGGAGAUUAAGGCAUGGGCUUAUGUUCGGAGCCUGAAUACUUCUCUUGAUGAACACAAUUUGGAGUCACGACUUAAAGCCUCAAUUGAAGCUGAGGCGAAAUCCCGGCAAAGGUUAGCUGCAGCAGAAGCUGAGAUUGCCUACCUGAGACGGAAGUUAGAGGCCUCUAAAAGGGAAAAAUACAGAUUUUUGGAUGACCUAAAAUACAAACAUGAAGACACUGAGGUCUAUCUUUCUGAGAUAGAGAGUAUUGGACAGGCCUAUGAUGAUAUACAGUCUCAAAACCUCCAGUUUUUGCAGCAAAUCACAGAGAGAGAUGAGUACGACAUGAAGCUUGUUUUAGAGGGAGUGCGAGCAACACAGAUGAGAGAUGCCCUAUUGACGAAGAAGCGUAACUUGGAAAGAGUAAUUCGUCAAAACAAGGCAACUGUUAGAUUUUAUGACACUAAAGCUGCUAGAAUUGAAUAUCAGUUGAAAUCCUACUCAGGCCGAAUUGGGAAACUUUCUGAAAAUAGGGCUCGAAGAACAGCUACUUUAGAGAAUACCCAAAAAAGAGUGUUAUAUGUGAGGAAGUCAUCUCAGCAACUGAGGGACACAUUUGAAGAAUCACAAUCAAAGUUUGACAGAAGUAUAGCAAGCGUUGCUGAGCUGCAGAUAGAAUUGGAGAAAGAGAGGUUUGAGAAGAAAAGAAUAGAGGAAGAUGUAGGAACUCUGAGAAGGAAAACAAAAAGAUUGAAGUUGCAUUCCAAGGUUUCAUCCCUAACUGAAAAGCUCCAGCAGGAACUCACAGAAUACAAAGAAAUACUGAAGUGCAGUAUUUGCCUUGAUAGAAGUAAAGAGGUGUUUAUUGCCAAAUGCUACCACCUGUUUUGCAAUCCUUGCGUACAGAGAGUUAUAGAAACGUCCACAAGACAUACCAUGGAAGAACAAUUCAACUUCGAGAGUCUAGCUCAAGACUCCUCCACCACCAUCUCGUCCACGUUCUCUUCCACAUCGUUUUCAACGACUUCUUCCUCGAUGACCAGAUCCACCACCUCCUCCUCCUCCUCGAACUCCUGGUCGACAUCUUCCUAUCGAAUUACAAACGGUACUCUAAAUGAGGGCAAUGCUCACAAGAGCUCAAAAAAUGUUCAAGGAGAAAAAAGUGGCAAAGCCAAUGACAACAAGCAUCCAACUUAUCGCGGUGUACGCAAGCGUAGUUGGGGCAAAUGGGUGUCCGAAAUUCGACAACCUAAGAAGAAAUCAAGAAUAUGGCUUGGAACAUAUCCAACCCCAGAAAUGGCCGCCCGAGCACAUGAUGUAGCAGCUUUAGCUAUCAGAGGUCACUCAGCAUAUCUUAACUUCCCAUAUUUGGCUCAUGAACUUCCCCGGCCCGCCUCAGCAUCACCGAAAGACAUCCAAGCUGCGGCCGCAAAGGCGGCUGCCGCCCCAAUUCGCGGUGGUGCAGAAGCUGAAGCACGACUGAGCAAAGCCCAGCUACCCGAUUCUCAUUCAUCAACAAAUUUACUACAGGAACACUUUCAAGAAUCUGUUGAUGAUGACACGUUUUAUGAUCUGCCAGAUCUUUCAAUGGACGGUGCAGAACACAAUGGUGGAUAUCGUACUUACUAUGCCUUGUCAUGGCAGUUAGAGGGAUCCGAUCACAUCGGAUUCGAGUCGCCCGAGGAUCCAUAUUUAUGGGAUUCCAACAACUACUAG